AUACAAUUUCUGAAAGAAAAAAAAAGAAGAAAAGAAAUGAAAAAUACAUUGUGUGCGUCUUAAAUUGUCCAGCGUUUGAGUCGAUUGUCGCCCCCUCUCAUUCAGUGCCGCAGCCGCCGCGCCGUCGUCUACACCUCCAAAACGCAGGAUGAAGAUGUCAUUGAUUCGGCCUCUCUUGACAAAGCGAGGAUUCAGCACAAGCUCUGAGAAAAUGGUUGCCGCUGUGCUCUUUGAGAGACUGCCUGUGGUCAUUCCCAAAAUUGAUCCUAUUGUUUAUGCAUUUCAGGAAUUCUCGUUCCGAUGGCGACAGCAAUAUCAACGGAGAUAUCCCGAUGAAUUUCUUGACAGAUCAGAUGCAAGGGGCAAAGGUGAUUAUCAGAUUGACUAUGUACCAGCACCACGAGUCACUGAAGCAGAUAAAAACAAUGAUCGAAGGUCAUUACAAAGAGCUCUUGACAGAAGACUCUACCUUCUUAUCUAUGGUAAUGUGUAUGGGGCUCCAAGCGAGAAGCCUGUGUGGCAUUUUCCUGAGAAACUUUAUGAAUCUGAGGAAACAAUGCGUAAGUGCGCAGAGUCUGCAUUGAAAUCAGUCAUAGGAGAUCUUUCCAAUACAUAUUUUGUUGGAAAUGCUCCAAUGGCUCAUAUGGUUGUUCAGCCUAACAAAGACCUAUCAGGAUCUACAUCUUUUAAGAAAUUCUUCUUCAAGUCCCAAGUAAUUGCUACUAGCAAGUUCAACAUUGGAAAAUGCGAGGAUUUUGUUUGGGUGACAAAGGAUGAAUUGAUGGAGUAUUUUCCCGAGCAAGCCGAGUUUUUUAACAAAAUGAUCAUUAGCUGAGGACAGCUGUUUAAUUAAAGUUAUUUCAAACUAGUUUAUUUCAUUACAGUGGGUGGCCUUGAAAGUAGAUGAAUGCAGGUUUCUUGGCUCAACAAUAGGUUUUUAUUAGAUGCAACAUGUCAGCUGGAAGGCUAUAUUCCACAUGUUAGCUGUUUUUUCUUCUUCUAGUAGUUGUAUUGUAAUAAGUUGCCAUGGUGGUCGACUGGCCGUGUCGUUGAGAAUGUAUUGUGCAAUUUUGAAGAUAUAGCCCCCUGAUUUCUUACCGGAGUCGGUUCUGAUUAAGAAUGUAAAGAAUGACUGUUUAUUGAGUGAAUGUAGAGAAAAAUAUAGAUCUCCUGGACAUGGUUGAAAUUCAUGACCCUUUCCAGUCU